UGUACAAAUAUCAUUUCACCCGGUACUCAUUCUCUCAGUUAUUAGGGCUUCUGGCUUCUGUGUCUCCCAUUCUCUCUCUUAGGGCUUCUGCGUCUCCCAUUUCUCCACUUUUCAACACAACGAUACACGUUUCAUCUAACACCAUGGAUGGGGGGGCGACUGGCUCUGUUAUUCCGGCGAACAGGAGGCGGCCGCCGAUGGAGGAAGACAGAUUAUUCUUCGAGACAUCAAAGGGCGUGGAACCCAUCGCUAGUUUCGCUGAGAUGGGAAUUAAAGAUGACCUUCUUAGAGGUGUUUAUCAAUACGGGUUUGAAAAGCCUUCUGCCAUUCAACAACGGGCCGUGCUGCCUAUUAUAUCGGGCCGUGACGUUAUCGCUCAGGCCCAAUCCGGUACCGGAAAAACCUCCAUGAUUGCACUCACUGUUUGCCAAAUUGUGGAUACCAAAUCUUCCGAGGUACAAGCAUUAAUUUUGUCGCCUACGCGGGAGCUUGCAGCUCAAACAGAAAAGGUGAUUUUGGCUAUUGGAGAUUACAUUAACGUUCAGGCACAUGCAUGUAUUGGAGGCAAAAGCGUAGGUGAAGAUAUCAGAAAACUAGAGCAUGGAGUACAAGUAGUCUCUGGAACUCCUGGAAGAGUCUGUGACAUGAUUAAAAGGAGAACUUUACGAACUAGGGGUAUAAAAUUAUUGAUUCUUGAUGAAUCUGAUGAGAUGUUGAGCCGUGGUUUUAAGGAUCAGAUAUAUGAUGUUUACAGAUAUCUUCCACCGGAGCUUCAGGUUGUACUGAUUUCUGCCACUCUUCCAAAUGAAAUUCUGGAGAUAACAAGCAAAUUUAUGACAGAUCCUGUUCGGAUUCUUGUUAAACGUGAUGAGUUGACUCUGGAGGGAAUCAAACAGUUCUUUGUCGCGGUUGAGAAAGAAGAGUGGAAAUUUGAUACACUUUGUGAUCUUUAUGAUACACUCACCAUCACCCAGGCUGUUAUUUUCUGCAACACAAAACGAAAGGUUGAUUGGCUGACCAGCAAGAUGCGUGAAAAUAAUUUUACAGUCUCAUCUAUGCACGGAGAUAUGCCACAGAAGGAGAGAGACGCUAUUAUGGCAGAGUUCCGAGGUGGCACGACUCGUGUUCUAAUCACCACAGAUGUUUGGGCAAGGGGAUUGGAUGUUCAACAGGUGUCUCUGGUGAUUAAUUAUGACCUUCCAAACAAUAGAGAGCUGUACAUUCAUCGCAUUGGUCGCUCUGGUCGUUUUGGUCGAAAGGGUGUUGCCAUAAAUUUUGUGAAGAGUGAUGACAUUAAAAUUCUGAGAGACAUAGAGCAAUACUACAGCACCCAGAUUGAUGAAAUGCCCAUGAACGUCGCUGAUUUGAUAUGAAAGGCUGAGCUUCCAAUCUUCUGAAUAUGGUUCUGGUGUGGCUGCAUUGGUUUGCCUUCUGAGUGGUUUGUACCAAGGAUAAGUUUUUGAUGGCGAGAAAUUGGUGGAUGUUCUAUUUAUUGGUACUGUGUGACAUAUUGGCUUUCUUGUGCGUCAUAUUUUGUUGCGAAGUGUAAUUCUGGAAGACAGGAUGAUCUCUUUAACAUAGGCUUGAUAAAUUUGUCUUGAAGAACUUUACUGAAUUUGCCUGUGGUGUUAGUUUUGUCUGUUAAGAUGUACAAUUUUCUGAAACUUAUCCUGAAUGUGGCGAUGAUGUGUAUAAUUCCCUUCUAUUUCAA